AUGAUCCCGGUUAAUUUAAUUUUUGAUUAUAUUACAUCAAUAUUAACAAAACAACCUUUUGAAUUCGAUCACAAAAAAAGUAUGUAUAUUAAUAUGUUGAGUGAACUUAGAUUGUUAGAAAACUGCCAUAUAUCGAUUUUGGAUAUUAAAGAACGAAUAAUUAAAGCAGAUAUAGUGCACAAAUAUUUAAGAACUGAUAAAGAAUUGUCUGGUAAUAGUUUUAUAUAUUACAAAGAUUCAUUUAAUCCCCAACCAGUAAAAUCAAUGGAACUAAAAUUAAAAAAAAAUAAAGCAAUGAUUGAAUCAAAACAAAGAUUAUUAACUAUAUUGAACUCAACGCAUUUAUUUCAGAGACUAUCACUGAGAAAAAUCAAAGGAGAAAUUGAGCAAGCUCAACUUAUAUUUCAAGAAGUUAAUACAGCGUUACAUGCAUCAUUAAACGUACAAAAUCAAUUAAAUUCACAAAAUAMGUUAAAUAAUACAAAAAUUUUGGAAAUACUGCUACAAAUUAACUCAAUUGAAAGUCAAUUAAAAAACCAAGUUACUGAUUUUAAGUUAAGUGUUAAUGAAUUAGAUACAAGUAUUAAAGCAGUUUCAAAAGAAAUGCUUCUGGAUUUUGAAUUUAAAAAUAGUGAAAAAGAAUAUAUGAAACGAAAUUUAAGUAAAGACAUGAUCAACUCAGAAUUUAAUUUUUUCAAUAUGUAUAAAGAACUAAGAACAUUAAUAGAUUCUCUUACCCAAACAAACGUUUUGAAACCAUUAAAUUCAAUUACACAGAGCAAAAGUUUAUUAUACGAUGUUACUUGGCCUGAUUUUCUGAUAACUCAUAAUCUUGCGAAUGAAACAUUUCUUAUGGAUUAUCGACAGAACUGCAACACAUUGRCCUCUAUAAAUACGUUAAUGAACAAUAUACAUUUUACGGAACAAGAGAUUGUUGAAAAUUUAAAAAAUGCAAUUUUCUAUAUUAACGAUGUUCGAACAAAACGAAAUGAAAACAUGCGAGUUCUAAAAAUAUUAAAUGACGAAUUAUUCGAAUCGAAGAAGAGGAAUAAGCUCAUGAUGAACAGUUAUCAAAAGCGUGAUAUUUUAGGAGUUGAAUAUGAAAAUAAUAUUCAUCAUUUAGAAAGCAAAAUUCACAAGUCUAACAUCCAAUUGUGUGUAACAACUAAAAGUAUCAAAAAACUAUACGAUCAAUUACAGCCAUUAGAUUCGUUAAUCCGGACAACUUAUGAAAAAUACACAACUCAAAUGAUGAGCGGUUCGUAUCUAGUAGAAUUACGCGAUGACAAACAAUCGAGUAAGGUGAUGUUAUUAUAUGAUAAAYUAAAAACAAUUCAGAAUAGACAUGACAAAUUACUAACAAAACGUAAAGAAAUAAUCAUGGAUGAAAUUAAAAGAAAAAAAUCGAUGGUGGAAACAAUGGUUAAAAAAAAAUCCAAUGAUAUUAUUGUGGCAAKAAAUGUUAUUACGUYUUAUAAAAAUAACAUAAACACAUACAAGAUUUUUAAACUACAGUUUGCAGAAAUAUAUAUAUGUAUAGAAAAUACUAUCAAUGUUCAUCAAAAUAUUUAUGGAUCAUUAGAACACUUAGAAAAUGAAGAAAUAGAACUUACAAGCUCUAUGAAUUUGUAUGAUGAAGAGUUCAAUAAAUUAAAUAAAGAAGCUGAAAUCAUAGAAAUGAAUUCGAAACGCGAUGAAUUAAAAAUAAAGUCUCAGAUAGAUAAUUUGAAUGAAAAACUUAAACAAAUAACCAACGCUAAUGCAAGUCUAGAAAUGGAACUGAAUAAAAAUAAAUUGUAA